AUGGCCUCUCCGUCAAGUAACUUGGACUUCCCACAUUUUUCUCCACCGCCACCUCCUCAUUUCGUUCCACCACGUUCGCCAGACCACCACUCUACAGUUAUAGUUAUUGUGUUUGUCUCAUUUGGCUGUCUCUGCUUCCUAGCAUUUCUGGCAGUCGCUCUUUUUUGCUUCAUCAAGAAGUGGAAGAAGAAGAAGACGGUACAGGAAACUGAUUUCAUACGUACUGAUGAACAUUUAAAGAUCAAGGAGGCCAUUGUUCACGGCCCACAUGGACAAGACGCUGUCACGCUAUCAAUUGAUGAUGAUGUGCAUGUUGAUGAACUGAUCAGGAAGAAUGAAGUUUUUGGUGAAGGUAGGCAUGCUAAAUCUGCACAUAACCAACCUAACCUUCCUAUUACCAUUGAGGAGGUGCCAUCUCCUUCCAGUUCAAGUCAGCACCAUCUCGAGCACAAAUCUUGA